AGAGGCCCCAAGGGUCUGGGGAGGCAACAUGGUGGGCUCUGGGAUCCCAGCUUUGAGCCUCUUCCUGCUGAUGCAGGGCUCAGUAGAUGGGAAUGGAAUCCAGGGAUUCUUCUAUCCAUGGAGCUGUGAGGGAGAUGUGUGGGACCGGGAGAGCUGUGGGGGCCAGGCAGCAAUCGAGAACCCCAAUCUCUGUCUGCGUCUUCGAUGCUGCUACCGUGACGGGGUCUGCUACCACCAGCGGCCAGAUGAAACUAUGCGGAGAAAGCACAUGUGGGCGCUGGGCUGGACGUGUGGAGGCCUCCUAUUCCUGAUCUCCAGCAUCUGCUUGUUCUGGUGGGCCAAGCGCCGUGAUAUGCUGCACCUUCCAGUGUUCUUAAAGGGCAAAUGUGACCUGUCAAGGACCGUCUCUCUGUUAUCCAAGGACCGGGGGACUUCGAGCAAAAAAAAGUCAUCGGCUGGCAGCAUGCCAAACUCCCCUCCUCUGGAGGGAGCCACGGAUGUGUCAGGGGCCACUGAAGGGGAAGGGACGACAGAAGGGGGUGAUGAAACAGAAGCGGGAGAGGACGAAGAUUAGGGGCACCCCUGGGGGGGCCCCUCAAUACAGACAUAGCAUAUAGA